GAGGACUAUGUUGAACUGUGCAGCGUUAUGCUUGCAGGGAGAUGAGGGAGCCUUAGCGCCAGACCCUUGAACCCCCAGAAGAUAAAUGCACAAUAUCUGGAGUCUGAGUUUUCUGGGGAAAGAGACUCCCAGAUGUCAUGAGCCCUUACAAAAAGCACUAGAGGCCCUUUCCCCAAAUAAAGUUAAGAGCUCCGAUCUAGAGAUAGAGGUGCCUAUCAGGACUUCUGAGGCCCAGGCAGUUGUCCUUGGACCUCUGGGAAAGGGGAUCUGUGGAUGAGUCUAGGGUGUGGUAUUCUGGGAACCCCUGAAAUUACCUGCAAAAGGUUUGCUUAUCAGGGAAGUGUUCAGAAAUUUCAUUGGAUUCUCAAAGGCCUGAGGACUCUAAAAAGGUUCACCGACCUAGAAUUUCAGGGCUUAUCUUCCCCUCCCUCACACUAUCUUGUCUGUCGUCAGACUCCAGGAAGAACUUCCUGGGGGAAGUGUGAGGACCCGAGGUGGUGGGGAGAGGGUACCAGGCAUUGGAGGGGUCCUCAUGGUCUGGAUUGGUGACUGACUUUGGAGCAGUGGUGGUCCCUAGGAUUCUAGCCCCUUUACUUGCUGAACCUCAGUUUCCCAUCUGCAUUCUGGGUUAACUGUAAGGAAUAAACUUGUCUGUAUGCCUCUCUGAAGCUCAGAAACAACAAGAAGAUAGUAAUAGCAAGGACGAUGACAGUGUCAGUAUGCACGGAAUGCUUGCUGUGUGUCAGGCACUGCUGAAUUUCGCCAAAGAUUUCAACACACUUCACUCAUUGAAUCCUUACACCAGCCAAGGAGGCGAGGCCUGUGUGAUCAUGUCUGGCCGCCUGUGACAUCUCAGAUCUUAUCACUUGCCCCCUCCCCUGUCUGCUCUUCCAGUCUUCUGACCUCCCUGUUGAAGACCACCUGGAGCCUUUGCCUGGCUCUUCCCUCUGCCUGGACAGUCUUCCUCUGAUAGCCAUCUUCCUCCCGCUUUCCUCCCCCGGCCUUUGCUCAGAGAGGCCUCCCCUGGCCAUUUUAGCUACAGAGCAGCCCCUUCGCCAUCACUGGCCCCAUUCUCCACCAGUGGCACUUUUAUACAUCUGCUGUCCACCCCACAGGGGUGGACAUCCUGGUUUCUUAUCACAUCCCCAACACCUGGGAUGCCUGUUGCUUCGUGGCUGGGAUUCUGGCUCAGGGAGAGAGUAACUAACUUGCUUGUGUGCAGGCAGGACCUGGAUGGGAACUCAGGCAGCCCAGGCCCCCAUUCUGAACCACCCCCUGGAAUCUGGGUGGAGGGCAGAGGCCUGGGAGCCUCCUCCAGCUUGCUCUUUGUAGACUAAUGCAAGAGUUGUAGCUGCUCUUUGUAGACCUAAUGUAAGAGUCGUAGCUCUAUUGACUAGGAGCAGAUUAAUCUGCUUCAGCAGGUUAAUUAAUUAAUAAUUAAUAAAAUCAAUGAUUAAAUCAGUGUGCAUGUUUUCAGUAUAUCAUCCAUAAUAUAUGGAGCUGGCUGUUCCCUGGAUGUGGUGCAUUUUCUCCAGAUAGCUACGUGGCUGGCUCCUUCACCUGCCUCAGAUCUCUGCUCAAAUGUCACCUACUCUGAGUGACCUUCUCCGACCUGCCCAACCCCAAUAAUCCCUGUUCCCCUCUCCAGUUUGAUUUUUUCCCACAAAUGUUUGCUGAAUAAAUGAACGAAUGAGUAAUAAUUAGUAGUCCUGGUCCCGACUGUCCUGUGGGUGUCAUCUGUUCCUGCUAGUCAGCUUGUGUUGAGCACAGUAAUGUGAGACAGAGUUCUUAGAGCUUUUAUGUGUGUUGUCCAGUUUAAUCCUCAUAACGCUGUGAGAUAGGGGCCACAGUUAAGCCCAUUUUCCAGAUUAGGAAACUGAGACUCAGAGAAGUGGACUCAUAUUCCAAAGGUGCCACAGCUGUUAAAUGGUGAGUCCAGGAUAUGAACCCUGGUCUUCACACUCAAAAGUCUGGCCUCUCAGCGCCUCUGGGUCUCUUGUCUCAUCCUUCUCUCCAGUGACCCUGGCCAUGGACCAACCCUCUGGCCUGCAGGUGGACUACGUCUUCCGGGGUGUGGAGCAUGCUGUGCGGGUGGUGGUUUCUGGGCAGGUGCUGGAGCUGGAGGUGGAGGACCGGAUGACGGCUGACCAGUGGCGUGGCGAGUUCGAUGCCAGCUUCAUUGAAGAUUUGACUCACAAGACAGGGAACUUCAAGCAGUUCAACAUCUUCUGUAACAUGCUGGAGUCGGCUCUCACCCAGAGCAGUGAGUCUGUCACCCUAGACCUUCUGACCUACACAGACCUGGAGUCCCUGAGGAACCGCAAGCUGGGGGGCCGUCCGGGCACCUUGGCCCCGAGAUCGGCCCAGCUCAACUCCAAGCGCUACCUGAUCCUUAUCUAUUCCGUGGAGUUUGACAGGAUUCACUACCCGCUGCCCCUCCCGUACCAGGGCAAGCCCGACCCUGUGGUCCUGCAGGGCAUCAUCCGCUCACUGAAGGAGGAGCUGGGCCGCCUCCGAGGGCUGAAUGGCCAGGACACUCGGGAAACCCGGGAGACUGAGAUCUGGCACCUGCGGGAGCAGGUGUCUCGUCUGGCAUCUGAGAAGCGGGAGCUGGAAGCCCAGCUGGGCCGGUCACGCGAGGAGGCGCUGGCCGGGCGAGCGGCGCGACAGGAGGCAGAGGCGCUGCGCGGGCUGGUGCGCGGCCUGGAGCUAGAGCUGCGGCAAGAGCGCGGACUGGGUCACUGGGCAACGGGCCGCCGCAGCCAGGAUUGCCGCCGCCUGGCCAAGGAGCUGGAGGAGGUGAAGGCGUCGGAGCGGAGCCUGCGCGCCCGGUUGAAGACGCUGAACUGCGAGCUGGCCUUGUACAAAAGGGGGAGGAGGACUUCACCUGCGGUGCCUCCCCCAGCCCGGGAAGGCCGGGCUUCGACAUCCCGGGAGCGCUCCACGUCUCGUGGCCGCGGCACCACCCGCUCCUCAUCCCGGGAGAGCGGCCAUGGGAUCCGGGGUCGAGGCCGGCCGGCACGCCCCUCGCCUUCGCCCACAGGUGGUCGUGUGACACGUUUCGACCCCACCGCCUUUGUGAAAGCCAAGGAGAAGAAGCAGAAAGAGAUCAGAAUGAAGCGACAGCAGCAGCAGCAGCGGAACCGAUUGGGUAGUGGAGGGAGCGGGGAUGGCCCUUCUAUCUCAUGGUCUCGCCAGACCCGACCCCCCGCCGCGGUGACUGGCCGUGGGGAUGCAGCUAACCGUUCCCGGAACCGCAGCUCUUCGGUGGACAGUUUCCGCAGCCGCUGCUCCUCUGCCAGUUCCUGCAGCGAGUUUGAAGAUUUCUCUGAGUCACUCUCCAGAGGCCUUCGCUGCCGCGGCCGUGGAAAACCACCCAGCCCUACACCCUGGAGUGGGUCCAACACGAAGUCCACCCCUCAGGAACACAGCAAUCAUCGGAGACGCCUGACCAAUUCAGGGGGCUGGGUCCCCAUCAAAGAGUACAGCUCGGACCACCAGGCGGCUGACAUGGCUGAAAUAGAUGCCCGCCUGAAGGCUUUGCAAGAAUACAUGAACCGACUGGACACCCGGUCAUGACCAUGGAGCGGUGGUACUGCCCCUCCACCCUGACUCCCCAGUGGGUAUGGUGUGGGGGCAGGACCAGGGUAGCCUUCCAGCCCGCCCAGACUCCACCCCUUCAGGUGCUCCUGGGGUCUUAGGUUUGUGAGGCCCUGACCCCACCCGCUCUUCAGGCAGUGCAUGCUGGGAGAUAGGGUAUGUGUGUUUUGUAAAUAAACUUGUUUGUCCUUGGGA